GGCCCCCUUCCUGCCCCUCCCGAGGAUCCCGGGGCGCGAGUCUCCCGCGCUCGUCCUUGUACGCCCGCGCGGCGGAAGCGGGCCGGGCCGGCGGAGACAUGACGUGUCAGACAAGGGCACUUUGUGCGCGCUCCUCAGCCGGCGGGACGCUCGCGCAGCCCCUGCGCCACUGAGCAGAGGGGAGAGCCCGGCCGCCAGCAGAGAGAGAGAGAGCCCUCCUCUCAAAGCCAGGAGGAGGAGAAGGAAGGAAGCCGAGAGCCAAACAAAACAGCUAGAAUUUGAAAGAAACCUCCCCCCCCCCCCCCCCACACGUCCUGGCUAAGGGGAAAGGGAAAGUGAGGACUGAGUAGGCUCCCAAGGAUGAUAACUUAGUGGAGAGGAGGGAGGGCCAGCUCCUCACUUUCCUCUCUUUUUCUAUCCCUUGGGAAGUGUCUGCCUGCUGGAAGAGGUCAGGCCUCCACCCUGUUGCUUGAGAAGCAGGAGAGGAGAUGGUGGAGGCAGCAGAAAGCAGAGGGGAUGUGCCCCCUGUGCAAGAAGAGGCGAAGGAGCGGAAGAAGAAGAAGAGGAAGAAGAAGGAGAGCAAGACGCGCACGGUGCGGUCCAACCUGCUGCUACCUGGGCUGGAGGCUGAGAAGCCCAAGAGGGGCCCCCUGGCCAACAAUCGCCUUAAGACAACCAAAUACACCGCUCUGUCCUUCCUGCCCAAGAACCUCUUUGAGCAGUUCCACCGGUUGGCCAAUGUCUACUUCGUUUUCAUUGCGCUACUCAACUUCGUGCCGACUGUGAAUGCUUUCCAGCCUGAGCUAGCCUUGGCCCCGGUGCUCUUCAUUUUGGCUGUAACUGCCAUCAAGGACCUGUGGGAGGAUUACAGUCGCUAUCGCUCGGACAAGGAGAUUAACCAUAUGGAGUGUCUGGUCUACUGCAGGAAUGAAAAGAAAUACAUAAGCAGAUACUGGAAAGAAGUUGAAGUUGGAGAUUUUGUUCAGCUUCGUUGUAAUGAAAUCAUACCAGCUGACAUAUUGCUGCUCUCUUCAAGUGACCCUGAUGGUCUAUGUCAUAUAGAAACAGCUAACCUGGAUGGGGAGACUAACUUAAAACAAAGACAGGUAUUGCGGAGAUUCUUAGAGCUGGACUCUGAGUUUGACCCACUGAAGUUCACCAGUGUCAUUGAAUGUGAGAAGCCAAACAAUGACUUAACUAGGUUUCGAGGUUACAUUAUUCAUACAAAUGGAAACAGGGACGGGUUAUAUAAAGAAAACCUUUUGUUGCGUGGAUGUACUAUUCGGAAUACAGAAGAGGUUACUGGGAUUGUGAUUUAUGCAGGGCAUGAGACCAAAGCUUUGUUAAAUAACAGUGGACCACGUUACAAACGCAGUAAGCUUGAAAGACAGAUGAAUAUUGAUGUCCUUUGGUGUGUUCUUAUACUUAUAGUUAUGUGCCUUUUUUCUGCCAUUGGUCAUGGCCUUUGGGUCUGGCAGUUCAGUGAGAAGAAGAAACCAGUGUUUGAUGUUCCAGGACCUGAUGGCAACUAUUUGUCCCCAGUUCUAGCUGCAGUCUAUUUAUUUUUGACAAUGAUAAUAGUUUUUCAGGUUCUGAUUCCAAUUUCUUUGUAUGUAUCCAUUGAAAUAGUUAAAAUAUGCCAGGUAUACUUCAUCCAUCAAGACAAGGAUUUGUAUGAUGAAGAAACAGAUUCUCAGCUACAGUGCCGAGCAUUAAACAUCACAGAAGACUUAGGUCAGAUACAGUAUAUAUUCUCAGACAAGACUGGUACUCUUACCGAAAAUAAGAUGGUUUUCCGGAGAUGCACAGUUUCUGGCAUAGAAUAUUCUCAUGACGCUAAUGCCAAACGCUUAGCAAUGUAUCAAGAACCUGAUUCAGAGGAGGAGGAAACAGCACCUAAAGGAGUAACAUUAUCCCAGCGGGACAGUAUCUGCAGUCAUCAGAGUGUUAAGGCUGUCCAUAGAAGCCAAAGUACAAAAUCCCACCGACGCACUGGAAGCAGGGCUGAAGCAAAAAGAGCAAGCAUCCUCUCCAAACACACUGCAUUCAGCAGUCCAAUGGAAAAAGACAUCACUCCUGAUCCUAACUUGCUAGAAAAAGUGAAUGAAUGUGCAAGAUAUCUAGAGGUCAUGAGAAGCCAUGAACAGCCAUUAUCCCAGCUCAGCCCUGAACUUUCAGACAUCUUUGACUUCUUUAUAGCUUUGACUAUCUGUAAUACCGUUGUUGUCACUUCUCCAAACCAGCCCCGACAAAAGGUCAGAGUUAGAUUUGAAUUGAAGUCUCCAGUAAAGACUAUAGAAGACUUCAUUCGGAGAUUCACUCCCAGCCGCCUGACCGCUGGAUCUAACAGCAGUAGUUCAUCGAGCUUGGCUACCAGUAAAUCAAUGCACAGAUUUGGUUCUAGUCUUCUUUCAUCUACAUCUACUGAAAGCACUUUAUUAAAACUGGAAGAGAAGCUGGCAUACUCUGUGCAGAUGAAUAACAAUGGAUAUAGUGCACAGCAGGAGAAAAGGGCUAUAGAGAGUGGGCCUGAGGAAGGAGAACUCCGUUAUGAGGCAGAGAGUCCAGAUGAAGCAGCACUCGUCUACGCAGCUAGGGCAUAUAAUUGUACUCUGGUUGGAAGGCUGUCUGACCAGGUAUCAAUAGAGCUACCUCACCUGGGAACGUUAACCUUUGAAGUCUUACACACGCUGGGCUUUGAUUCCAUCAGAAAGAGAAUGUCAGUGGUGGUUAGACACCCCAUUACAGAUGAAAUAAAUGUUUACACCAAAGGAGCGGAUUCGGUUAUUAUGGAUCUUCUUCUGCCUUGUUCAUCAGAUGACCCUAGAGGCAAACACCAAAAAAAAAUUGAAAGCAAAACUCAGAAUUACCUUAAUCUGUAUGCUGUAGAUGGGCUAAGGACCUUGUGUAUUGCCAAGAGAGUUCUCAGCAAAGAUGAAUAUGCUUGUUGGUUAAAAAAUCAUUUGGAAGCAGAAUCUUGUAUUGAAAACCGUGAAGAGCUACUGUUUCAAUCAGCCCUUCAUAUAGAAAAGAAUCUGCAUCUGCUAGGUGCAACUGGCAUUGAAGACCGUUUACAGGAGGGCGUCCCAGAAACCAUCGCGAACUUACACAAAGCUGGGCUGCAGAUUUGGGUCCUCACUGGAGACAAGCAAGAAACAGCUAUUAAUAUUGCUUAUGCUUGCAAGCUAUUAGAUCAUGAUGAAGAAAUCAUCACUUUGAAUGCUGAAUCACCAGAAACAUGUGCUAUUUUGCUGGAACAGUGUUUGCAUUGUGUAGAGUCAAAGUUUUCAAGCAAUACAAUAGACAACACUUCUGGAGAUAUGAGAAUUGGGUUUGCUUCUUUCUGUCCACCAUCAUCUUCAGCACAUUCCAAACUGGGACUAGUGAUUGAUGGGAAGACUCUAGCUUAUGCCCUGGACAAAACACUGGAAAACAGAUUUCUUUUGCUUGCCAAAAGAUGUCGCUCAGUUCUGUGUUGUCGCUCUACCCCACUUCAAAAGAGCAUGGUAGUGAAAUUGGUUAGAGACAAACUCAAAGCAAUGACAUUGGCAAUAGGUGAUGGAGCUAAUGAUGUUAGUAUGAUCCAAGUGGCUGAUGUUGGUGUGGGGAUCUCUGGUCCAGAGGGCAUGCAGGCUGUGAUGGCGAGUGACUUUGCAGUCCCCAGGUUCCGGCAUUUGGAGAAGCUCUUGCUUGUUCAUGGACAUUGGUGUUAUUCUCGCCUUGCUAACAUGGUGCUGUACUUCUUCUACAAAAAUGCAAUGUUUGUGGCCCUUCUCUUCUGGUACCAGUUCUAUUGUGGGUUCUCUGGAUCUUCAAUGAUUGAUCAGUGGUAUCUGAUCUUCUUUAAUUUAUUAUUCUCUUCCCUCCCACAACUGAUAACUGGUGUGCUGGAUAAAGAUGUCCCGGCUGAAGUGCUAAUUUCUGUACCUCAGCUCUACAAGAGUGGUCAAAAUAUGGAGGAUUAUCAACCACACAUGUUUUGGAUGAACAUGAUUGAUGCCCUCUAUCAAAGCCUAGUUUGCUUUUUCAUCCCUUAUUUUACUUUCUAUGACUCAAAUAUGGAUAUUUUUUCCUUGGGAACUCCCAUAACCACAAUAGCUCUUUUCACCAUCAUAUUGCAUUUGGCUGUUGAAACCAAAACUUGGACCUUUUUCCACUGGUCCUCUUGCAUCUUCAGCAUUCUUUUAUUUUUCUUUGUGGCUCUGGUUUACAAUGCAUCCUGCCCAACAUGUUAUCCUCCGUCCAAUCCCUACUGGACUAUGGAAAAAUUGAUGGGCGAUCCUAUGUUUUACUUGACAUGUAUCAUAUCACCAGUUAUUGCAUUACUGCCCAGAUUUCUUUAUAGAACUCUUCAAGGGACACUCUUCCCAACCCAACGCCAACUUGGAUGUCAGCUGCAUAGGUGGCCUCUAGGGACGUGCAACCACAUUCUGAGCAAAUUGAAGAUCAAAAAGAAAUCCACCCCCCAGAAACACUCUUUUGCAGAACCAUCCAUGCAGAAUCCUACAUCAAAUGUUAAUCCCUGCUAUAAGGUCUCUAAUGAAAACAUCCCCUCACAAGUAUCUGAGCAUGGAAGUGAGUCAGCUCUUCCUGCAAGUACAAGGGCAGAACACACAAGAGUACUGGGUGCUGCUGCCUCUCCCCAAGGUCCUCUGUUAUUUGGGGAAAUUAAACAGUCCUCAUUGGCAAGUAAUCAAGAAAGAUCCUUUGGAUUUCAUGAAGUCACAUGCAGCACUUCAGAGAUGGAGUCAGCAUCUGUAGAAGAAAUGUUCCCAUGGAACUCAACAGUAGACCAAUCAGACUUCAGCUUGUUGAAGUGGAUCACAUCCACUCCACUCUUUAGUCGGUUUGGAAGAGUUUUACAACUGUCAUCAAAUAGUUUACAAAAUGAAACACAGAACAACAUAUCUGUGCUUGGCUCUGGGUCAUCUUUGCAUCUGGGUUUCAAAGGUAUAACAGAGCAGAAUUCGAGCAACUUCCAAGAGAAAAUUCAAGGGACGCCAGCUGAUUGUUGUAUAAGUGACACUCUUGAAACCACCUUCUUAUGACAUGAACUUAUAUAUAUAUAUAUAUAUAUAUAUAUAUAUAUAUAUAAUAUUUGCACAGAUUUAUAGUGAAAUUUCUCUAAUUGUUUCCAAAGAUGAACCAUUAAAAUCAAAGGUACAAAAAGUUUAUUUUAAAAAAUUUUUUAUAUACAAUAUAUCAAAAUAAGAGCUUUAAAUAUAAGAAACAGAAAAUUUCCAUUUAUAUUUGUUUAUUUUUUCAUCUAAUUUUGUAAGAAAAUGCAGUAUGUCUUAUUUUCCAUUGCUUCUCUUGGAUUUCAGCAACAAUUUUUGACAUGAUUAUAGCUGGCUCAGCAAUCAGGGAGAGAAAAACAUUAUGGUAAACACUAUAUUGAGGCAGUUUAUAUCAUCUUCCAUCUAAUUUUUUUUUUUUUUUUUUUUUUAAUCUCAUAAUCAGGUUGUGAGAACAAACUCCAAGGCAAGGCUUUGAAAAUAAAUACUGUUAACAUUUACAGAGAGGUGUAUUUCACUACCAUAUAAAUAACAGCAUUGUUACAUCACCAUAUUUUGAUAUCUCAGCAAUAGCAUUUUAUUUGUCAUGAUAAUAUAAUAAAUAAAUUAUUAUCCAUAUUGCAAA